GACCCUGGGUAAGGCAUGAGGGGUCAGCUUGGGGUGUGGAGGCCAUAGGGUAGGACCAAGCUGGGCAGAGUGUGGGGGCUGGGACCUUGAUGUGAGGUAAGGAGCCCCGUAUUGGGGGUUUGGCUGGGGACAGGCCUGGCUGGCGUGGGGGGAAGGCAAGCAGGUGUGGGGAGGCUAGCAAGGGGAGAGGGGCUUGGGGGUGUGGCCUGGCUCAAUGCCUGUAUUGGAUCUAGUUGGCUGCCAGGCCGGUCAGUGACGGGGUGGGGGCAUUGCCGAUGGGGACCCUGCCAAGCCCAGGCCCAGCCCCAGGGUGUGCUCCCCCACCACCCAGACCCGCCUGGCCCCGCUCGGCCCCAGCCACCAAGUUUCUGCACUUCAACAGAACCAGGCCGAGGUUCCCCGCUGCGGGCUGUAGGAGGAGGGGCGCGCGCGGACGCGGGAGCGCGCCCAGAGCCUGUGGACGCUGGCGGGAGCCGGGCGCUCCUGGACCGGCUCGCUGAGGAGGAACGCGGCCUGGGGGUCUGGGCCGCCGCGGGCCGUCGCCUCCGCUGCCGCCGCCGAGCAGUGUUGGAAGAUUUGAUAAACCUUGAAGGUGGAUGAAGAAACAAAACACGAGUCACCUGGAAACCAGCACCUGGGAACGUCGUCAGCUACCGUGUUGUGUAUCACCCCCGUGGGGGCAGGAGACAUCUGGUGGCCAAAGUGCCACCCACAGUCACCUCCACUGGGUUAAAGCGGCUUCAGCCCCAGACCACACACAUCACAGUUCUCCCAGAUUACAAGACAGGAGAGGGGAAGCUUAGGGGCACUUAAAUGCUUAUGGAGACGAGACGAGCUUGUUGCAGGCUGUGGAGAAUUUACCUCACAAAGGAGGCAGGACCCUCACAGACAUGGCUUUGAACUGCAUUCGCCAACAGAGCUUCAAGACCCAAGCUGGCAUGAGGCCUCGAGCUUGAAAAAUUGGUGUUCUCAUCACUGAUGAUGUUGAGGCCCCGUCAGAGCAACUCAAGGAUGAAGGCGUGGAGCUGUUUGCUGUUGGUAUUAAAAAUGCUGACAAAGCUAAGUUAAAAGAUGACUGCAGCAGAUUCCGAUGAUCCCCACGCAUGCAAGCUGGCAGAUUUUGCAUCCCUCUCCAGGAUCCUGGAUGACCUCACCCUCAACUUGUGUAACAGCAUCAGGAGUCCAGUGUGCCGGUCCAACAAAAGCCCCUGGGUCUGUCUGACUUGUUCAAGUGUCCACUGUGGAAGGUAUGUGAAUGGUCAUGCAAAAAAAAAAAAUUACGAAAACGCACAAAUACCCUUAACCAACCAUAAGAAGUCAGAAAAGCAGGAAAAAGCUCAGCACACGGUGUGUAUGGAUUGCAGGAGCUACAGUACGUACUGUUAUCGCUGUGAUGAUUUUGUGGUCAAUGACACCAAGCUGGGACUGGUGCAGAAAGUCAGAGAACGCUUACAGAACUUGGAAAACUCAGCUUUCGCAGCUGACAGGCAUAGGAAAAGAAAACUUUUGGAAAACUCAUCACUAAACAGCAAGUUAUUGAAAGUAAAUGGAAGCACCACUGCCAUCUGUGCCACAGGCCUGCGGAAUUUGGGGAACAUGUGUUUCAUGAAUGCCGUCCUUCAGUCCCUCAGUAACAUUGAGCAGUUUUGCUGUUACUUCAAAGAACUGCCCGCCGUGGAGUUAAGGAAUGGGAAGACAGCAGGCAGACGGACGUGCCACACCAGGAGCCAGGGGGACAACAACGAGCAGUCUGCUGCAUGAGAACGGAGACCCGCCUGCUUCACUCCCUGCGGUGCCCGGUGUCUGGAUCCCACCCAGCACACAGUAGGGCCUCAGUGAAUGUGUGCUGAGUGUGUAAACGCUGUAGGCCACUGACAAGCAUCUUCCCUGAAGUGAUGAAACAGCCCUAUCCAUGGCGCCCUGCUCCUCCGCUCCUGACCCCCGUGCUGUGGCCCCGCGUGCUGUGGCCCCGCGUGGUGUGGCCCCGCGUGGUGCGGCCCCCCGUGGUGUGGCCCCGCGUGGUGUGGCCCCGCGUGGGGUGCCAUCCUGCCUCCAGUCCGGGGCAUCUAGGUCUUUCUCUGCUCCAUGCUUCAGAAGAAGGCAGAUGGCAAAAGGAAGAUUCAAGAAGGUAUUUCCUGGCAUUUGGUGAUCAGCAGCUUGGCCCUGGAGAAAGUGAUGGAUGGGGAGGAAGUGAAAUGAACUCAGUUCAAAGGCAAUAAACCUGAUUUAGGGCAGCACACAAUGUUGUAAGAGCCAGACCUUCCUGAUUCCUUCCUACCUCAAGACAAGACCAAAGUCCCCUGGACCCAGAUUGGAAGAAGUAUCGGAAAGGAAAUUAGCUCAUGCAUCUUAAUAAGAGGAAAACAAACAACCCAAGUCAAAAAUGGGCAGAAGACCUAAACAAGCAAUUCUCCAAGGAAGAAAUACAAAUGAUCAAUAGGCAUAUGAAAAAAUGCUCAGUAUCACUAAUUAUCAGAGAAAUGCAAAUCAAAACUACAAUGAGGUAUCACCUCACACUAGCCAGAAUGGCCGUCAUUCAAAAGUCCACAAAUGACAAAUGCUGGAGAGGCUGUGGAGAAAAGGGAACCCUCCUACACUGCUGGUGGGAAUGCAGUCUGGUGCAGCCACUGUGGAAAACAGUAGGGACAUUCCUCAAAAGACUAGGAAUAGACUUACCAUAUGACCCAGCAAUCCCACUCCUGGACAUAUAUCCAGGAACCUUAAUUCAAAAAGAUACAUGAACCCCAAUGUACAUAGCAUCACUAUUUACAAUAGCCAAGAAAUAGAAACAACCUAAAUGUCCAUUGACAGAUUACUGGAUAAAGAAGCUGUGGUAUAUUUAUACAAUGGAAGACUACUCAGCCAUGAAAAAUAAUAACAUAAUACCAUUUGCAGCAACAUGGUUGGACCUGGAGAUUGUCAAUCUAAGUGAAGUAAGCCAGAAGGAGAAAGAAAAAUACCAUAUGAUAUCACUUAUAUGUGGAAUCUUAAAAAAAAGACACGUUUAUUUACAAAACAGACUCACAGACGUAGAAAACAAACUUAUGGUUACCAGUGGGGGAAGGGGUUGGGAAGGGAUAAAUUGAGAGUUUGAGAUUUGCAGAUACUAACUAAUGUACAUAAAAUAGAUAAACAAAUUCAUACUGUAUAGCACAGGGAACUAUAUUCAAUAUCUUUUAGUAACCUAUGGUGAAAAAGAAUAUGAGAACAAAUAUAUAUAUAUAUAUAUGUCCAUGUAUGACUGAACUAUUAUGCUGUAUGCCAGAAAUUGAAACAACAUUGUGAACUGAUUAUAUGUCAAUAAAAAUAUAUACAUACAAUAUCAAUGGUGAAGUCGGGGCUAAUAAAAUAAAUAAUAAUAAUGACGAUGAUAAUAAAGCAUUUUAAGUACCUAAAAAAAAAAAAAAAGAAAAAGAAAGGAAAUUAGAAGUGAGUAGAUAGUAAUAAUGGUGGGUAUCAUCGCCCUGCCCCUCCCUCCAGCUGAGCUCUGGAAAUUGUGUGGUAGGGAAGGGACCAGACAGACGUCAUGACAGGCCUGGGCUCUGAAAGCAGAGGGUGUCUGUGGCCCUACAGACCAUCUCUUGGAAGGGGACACACGUGCCUCAGAGCUGGACCUGGGCCCCAGGGGUGGACAAAGGACUCAGCAAAGACCUGCAUGGAGGGAUGACUAGAGGCCAGAGGGAGCAAGGACAGUUCAGUGGGUUUAGUCUGGAUAGGUGACAACUGGAAAUCCACGCCUGCCACACAUCACACCUUUGCCUGAUGUAGCCUCCGGGAAUCUAGGUGGGGUCCUGAGCAAAUAAGAGGGCAGAAAACCUAAACUGAGUGAGUGAAAAGAGAGCUGGAGAGUUUUUCCUGCAAACAUUAGGAGCUAAGAGGACAUUUGUGAGCAAGGUUGUCAUCAUAAACAUUCCAACGCUCCUCUUAAGAAAGAGUAUUUUGGUUCUAAACCAUAAACUUACAAGUAAUUUAUUUUGCAUUAAAAUACAUGUUUAAAGUUAGAGAUUAUAUUAAUUUUUUAUAUGAAUAUCUUAUUUGAAUAGAAAGUAAACUACAGAAUAUUAUGUACAUUUUGAUAUCUAAAUAAAUUUUAAAAAAUAGGAAACUGUUAUUUUACAUAUAUAACUAUAAAAAUAAUAUAAAAUAUAAAAUGCGGUACGAAUAUAUACCAAAUCUAUCAUGAAAGUUUCCUCUGAGGAGGAGGAGAAUGGGACAGGGACUUCAAGUAUAGCUGCAAUAUUUGUUUUUAGGAAAAAAAUAUUUCAGACAAAAAUAAAAACAUGAAUCUCACUCUCUCUCGCUCUUUCUUGCUUGCAGGACAAGCCUUUAGUAUAAAAUGCCCACGUGUCAUCUAGCAGUUUUCUUUUUCCCCAGCUGCAGUGGUCCUGAUGGUGACAGGGCAGUUCAAGCGUCUGAAGCAACGUGUUGGCACGUAGCUAUUGCCGUGAAGUUGAGGUGGUGGUAGCGGAGCUGGAUGUUAUAAAUCGAAUUUCAGCAUGAGGAGAUGGGGGGUGGGAAUGAGAGUUUCCAGCUACAGGGACCUGAGAGAAAGUCUUCAGCUUGGAACAGUCCCAUGUGUGGGAAAUAGCAAAUUGGCUGCAGCAACUCACAAGCAUGAUUGAUAAGUCUUGAAAGAUUCAUUGACUCCAAAUCAGGGAGGACCUGGGAUAUGAUUUGAUCAUCAUGUGAUUUGAUCAUCAGGGAAGUGAGAAGCUGAGUGACGGUGUGGUGCUGACAGACAUACGAGCCCUGGGUCAGCAGUGUUGUAGAGGCUGGUCUGCAGUAGGGAGGGAUCAAGGGACAGAGGUUAAUUGGAGAGUUUUAUAAGUUUAUAGGAAUAGCUUAGGUAGUGGCGUGAGAGUGGAUGUGAUGAUUAAAUUUAUGUGUCAAUUUGGCUGGGCCAUGGAGUGCCCAGAUAUAUGCUCAAACAUUAUUCUAGAUGUUUCUGUGAGGAUGUUUUGGAUGAGAUUAACAUCUAAAUUAGUGGACUUUUUGAGUAAAGCAGACCACUCUCCAAAAUGUGGGUGGGUCUCAUCCAAUCAGUUGAAGGCCUGAAUAAAACAGAGACUGACUUCUCCCAAACAAGAAAGAAUUCUGGGAGCAGACAGCUUUUGGACUUGAACUGCAGUAUUGGUUCUUCUUAGGUCUCCAGUCUGACUCCAGCAUACCCUGAAGCUUUUGGACUUGCCAACCUCCAUAAUCACAUAAGCCAAUCCCUCAAGAUAAAUGUCUUUAUACACACACACACACACACACACACACACAAAUCUUAUUUGUUCAGUUUCUCUGGAGACCCCUGACUAGUACAGGAGGAUAAUUUGAAGAAGGUUGGAUAGAAAAUAUAUUGGGAUGGAUAAAUCUACAGAGGCUGGCAAUUACUUGGACAUGGAAGGAAAGAGAAAGAAAAGAACUUGAUAAGUUCUAGUUUAUUUGAUUGGGAGAAUGGAACUGCCUCAAAUUAGAAAGUCGAGAGAAGAUAACUAACUCAGUUUGGGACAUCUUUAGUUUCAGUUUCAGUUGUCCAUUCAAAUGGAAAUAGCCAGUAACCAGCUGUAGCUGUGGACAUGAAGCUUAGUGGAGAUGCCUGAGUAGAUAAUACAAUAUAGGAGCCAGCUUAAUAGAAGUAACAUCUGAAACCACGGCAAUGGAAGAUAGACCAAAGAGAUAAAAGAGAAUUUUUAAAACUAGAAAGAGAGAGAGAUUCUUAAACCAAGACCAAUACGACCGGCUGUGUGUGCAUUGGGUAGGGGUUCUGAAACCAAAAGAGCAGCCUCGUCUAGUGGGGUUGACGGAGCAGGAGAGAUGAGCGGUGUGGCAUCCGGGAAGGAGACGGUUCCCCGGGGAGAGGGCUCGGCCGUGACAAGCAGUGCAGGGAAUGAGGGUGAGCAGCCGCCGGAGGCUCUGCCAGGACGUGGUUGUCACUGAGUGGCAGGUUCUGACGCUGGCUUAUGCUAAGUUAAUGGGAGAACAGGUGGUGAAAAAGUGGAAGAUGGGAAAUCUGGUGGUGGGGCAAAGCGAAAGACAAAAGCUUGGAAACACGGCGGAGAGAAAGCCGCCCCCUGGCUGGUUAGAGGUGAGCGCCUGUGAACGCGGGGCAGCGCCUCCGGGAGGGCGCGGGGGAAGGGGAGAGGCCCGGCGGCCGGGGCACCUGCGGAGGAGAGAGUGAUGAGAGCGCAACCUGGAAGAGGGCUAUUAACCCCAGAGAGAAAAUCGUCAAAUAAAGGGCAAACUCACUUGUCUCCAAACCAAAAAAAAGCAAACCAUAAAACAAUCUUCUCCCCACCCUCAACACAGUCUACCCUCCUUCCUGUUGAGGGUUGUGUUGACAGAAUCCACGGAGAUGUUCGAAGCAGAAUACUAAAAAAAAAAAAAAAAAAGAAAAAAAAAGCUAUUGGGUCCUGGUCUCUUUUUAGGACGAGGAGUGACUGAUACAGUACAGCUAACUACAGUGAUUGGGAC